AUGGCGCUGACCUGGGCCCUUGCAGUCCUGAGCCUUCUUCCUCUGCUGGACACCCAUAGCCCGGCGUGUCCCAAUUUCUCGGUGCCCAUAACCAAUGCCUCCCUAAACCAGAUCUCUGGCAAGUGGUUUUAUAUCGCCUCGGCUUACCGCUUCCCCAUGUACAAGAUGGAAUCUAGCAAAAUCCAUUCACUCUUCUUUUACUUAACUCCCAACUACACGGAGGACACAUUCCUGCUCAGAGAGUACAAAACCAAGGAAGACCAAUGCAUGUAUAACUCUAUCAAACUAAGAGUCGACCGGGAAAAUGCUACUCUGGUCAGACAUGUGAAUGGCACAGACCAUUAUGGCCACCUACUGCUGCCCAAGGACCCCAAGACCUUUAUGUUCGCUACUUUCCCAGAAGACAAGCAGAACAUGGGGCUGUCCUUCUUUGCUGACAAGCCAGAGGUGACCCCGGAGCAAAUGGAAGAGUUCUAUGACUACCUCAUGUGCAUGGGCAUGGACAAGUCCGAAGUCUUGCACAAGAAUACGAAAAAGAAUCUGUGUCUGCAGCUGGAGAAGCAGCAUGAGGAGGAACGGAGGAAGGAAAAGGAGAAGUCCGAGACAGGCUCAGCGUUGGAUUAG